GCAGCUCGGCUCCCCCCAGCGCUCCCCGGGCCCAAAGAUAUGGCAAUGGUAGUUAGCAGCUGGCGAGAUCCGCAGGACGACGUGGCCGGGGGCAACCCCGGCGGCCCCAACCCCGCAGCGCAGGCAGCCCGCGGCGGCGGCGGCGGCGGUGGCGGCGGCGCCGGCGAGCAGCAGCAGCAGGCGGGCUCCGGAGCGCCGCACACGCCGCAGACCCCGGGCCAGCCGGGACCGCCCGCUACCCCCGGCACGGCGGGGGACAAGGGCCAGGGCCCGCCCGGGUCGGGCCAGAGCCAGCAGCACAUCGAAUGCGUGGUGUGCGGGGACAAGUCGAGCGGCAAGCACUACGGUCAAUUCACCUGCGAGGGCUGCAAAAGUUUCUUCAAGAGGAGCGUCCGCAGGAACUUAACUUACACAUGCCGUGCCAACAGGAACUGUCCCAUCGACCAGCACCACCGCAACCAGUGCCAAUACUGCCGCCUCAAGAAGUGCCUCAAAGUGGGCAUGAGGCGGGAAGCGGUUCAGCGAGGAAGAAUGCCUCCAACCCAGCCCAAUCCAGGCCAGUACGCACUCACCAACGGGGACCCCCUCAAUGGCCACUGCUACCUGUCCGGCUACAUCUCGCUGCUGCUGCGCGCAGAACCCUACCCCACGUCGCGCUACGGCAGCCAGUGCAUGCAGCCCAACAACAUCAUGGGCAUCGAGAACAUCUGCGAGCUGGCCGCGCGCCUGCUCUUCAGCGCCGUCGAGUGGGCCCGCAACAUCCCCUUCUUCCCGGAUCUGCAGAUCACCGACCAGGUGUCCCUGCUACGCCUCACCUGGAGCGAGCUGUUCGUGCUCAACGCGGCCCAGUGCUCCAUGCCCCUGCACGUGGCGCCGCUGCUGGCCGCCGCGGGCCUGCACGCCUCGCCCAUGUCCGCGGACCGCGUCGUGGCCUUCAUGGACCACAUCCGCAUCUUUCAGGAACAGGUGGAGAAGCUCAAGGCGCUGCACGUCGACUCCGCCGAGUACAGCUGCCUCAAAGCCAUCGUGCUGUUCACGUCAGACGCCUGUGGCCUGUCGGAUGCUGCUCACAUCGAAAGCCUGCAGGAGAAGUCGCAGUGCGCUCUGGAGGAGUACGUGAGGAGCCAGUACCCCAACCAGCCCAGCCGCUUUGGCAAACUGCUGCUGCGAUUGCCCUCCCUGCGCACCGUGUCCUCCUCGGUCAUUGAGCAGCUCUUCUUCGUCCGUUUGGUAGGUAAAACCCCCAUUGAAACUCUCAUCCGAGACAUGCUACUGUCCGGGAGCAGCUUCAACUGGCCUUACAUGUCCAUCCAGUGCUCCUAGACCUUGGGCACUUCCCACCUACCCUUGUCCUAACCCCUAGAGGCUCAGAGGACUCACCCAGGCCAAAGACUCAAAUGCCUUGGAGAAGCCGGUGAGUGGGCCAGACAAGUAGGUGGGGGGUGGCGGAGAGAAGGCUGGGGACAGGAGCAGCCCACCCUGCAGAAAUGCACCCUGAGCUGCAAACCAGGAAAAGAGACUUUUAGGAGAGGACCUGUGGGUAUGUUGGGAAGGAAAGAAAAUGGAUCUUGUGUCUGGUGAGAAAAUGAGAAAAAAAAAUUGUUUUUUGGAAGAGAGGACCAUGAGAAUUUUAAUAAAAUAGAAGGAUACUAAUGGACCUUCCAGGAUUUAUUGUGGACGGAUGUGGAUAUAUUCUGUACAGAAAACAACUCAUAUGAAAGUGGACUGAACUUAUGUAGAAACACACACUGAACAUUGUUAUUCAUUUUGUAAAAUACUAGUCUUUAUUUUCAUUUUUUUGUAAAAUUUAAACAUUGUAUGCGCAUAAAGAAAAAGGAAACAAGAAUUAGGGGGAAAAUAACAUUUUCCAAAUAAUUAUAAAAAUUUGUCCUGUGUCUAUGUAUCUAUAUCUGUUUUGUAUUUUUUUCUGGUUCCAAACCAGAUUUCCUGUGAUUCUAUACUAAUAAUUUUUGAUAUAACCCUUUGCUUCUUAUAAUGAGUGCGAUAUAUGUUGUCGAGGCUGUUCUUCAAGAAUUAAAAUUGAAGUGAAAAUUUAAACAAAAAUAAAAGAAUUUAGCAAAACCCA